CGCAGCACGACACACGCGACGCGCUGCACGACUCGCGCGCAACGAGAGUGUGCGAGACAAGUCCUCGGAGGAGGAGGAGGUGCGGGGUGCGGGGCGCAGCGCCAGCUCGGAGUCGGAGCCCCUCGCGGCCACGUCGCGCCGCGUGCACGCGCACACGCAUCCCUCUGACAACGACACCCCGCCACUCGCCAACCACAAGGGCAAAGGCGUGGGCAAGAAGAGCAAGACGCACAGCGCGGAGCCCGCCCCCUCCACAAGCCACGCCCCCAUGCUUUUCUCGACAGAAGAAUCGGUGGCGAACGGUACGAUGUCUGACUCGGAUGGCGCGUCUGAUGUGGAGGCGGGCGCGGGGGCGGAGUCCGGGGGCGUGUCCGAGGGUGAGGCGGGGUCGGGGCGCGGCUCGGAGCGGUCACACAUCGAGGUGUUGGAGGAGGAGCUGGCGGACGACGAGGUUGAACUCACGUACGAACCGCCGCAGCUGCACAGGACGCAACGCAAACGUGUACGCAGACGCAGCUCGGACAGCAGCGCGGGUCGCCGCACACGUCGCCCUCACAAACGUGUUCGCGAGCGGUUCACGUCCGCGUCGUGUUCGUCGUCGGAUUCGUGCUCGGGGUCGGGCUCCGCGUCAGGGUCGGGCUCCGCGUCGGGCAGCUCGGGGUCGCGGCGCUCCGGGCGACGCUACGAGUCAGAUCGCUCAUACCGGCCGCGGUACUCUACUGAUGAUGACGCGCCGCUGCUGCUGUACAGACAAAGACAGGAGGAAAGCGAGGAGGUGGCGGGACCAUCGCGACGUGGACACGCCAGGAGCGUGUCGCUGCGCACGCGCCGCAGUCCUCGUCGCUACAACGAGGACAGCGAGGAGGACUCCAUAGCUGCGAUCAGCAAGCGUCUGCCGCACCACCAUCACCACCAGCGGCAUCAGCAUCAGCUCGCGCGCCGCAGACAGCGACAUGCGACACAGGGUGCGAGCUCCACAGCGGCGCACACGAGCGACCACAACUACUUCAACGGACAUGCGCACGCGCAUUCACACGACGCGCACAACGGACACGGUGACGCGGGCGUGUCCGGGGGUUCCGGGUCGGGAGGUUCAGCGGGUUCCGGGGGUCCGGUGUCGAUAUCGUCGCGGGGACGCGUGCGCAAGCUGACUGCCAAGGCACGCGGUCUACUGGGCAACUGAAGUAUGGCCAACCUCUUCAGCUGGAGCCCCCUGCGAUAACAGCGGCAGUAGCAGGGGGCUCCGCUGGAGCUGGGUGCCUGACCAAUGUGUGAAGACAUGUCACAGUGACAGUGUAAUACUAGGAAAAGAAUCAAUAUAAACUGGACGCCUUUUAUAGUAUUGUAAAGUGUUGUUGCCAAAGUGUGUCCAGUGAAUGAAGACAUGUGAUAGUGACACUAUACUAGAGACAAAGAGGUCAAUAGGAGCUGGAUGUUGUGGAAAUGUAGUGAUGUAGAUCUUGAGUUGGAUAAGUGACCAGUGAAUGAAGAUACCCGAAUGAUGUAACAUAGUUGAUGUACAAUUAUGAACUUAAUAGUGUUGUGAAAAUAUUGCAAUUGUUAGUAACUCAAUUAUCAUAAUUUUAAGGUGUUUUUGACAGCAAAUAAUGCAAAAAUUGUUGGCGGCAAAUGUUUUUUAUAUUACAAAAUAAUCUUCAAAUAUCUAAAAGACAGUCAAAACUGAGUUUGAAUAGAACAUGAUUUAAAUUUGUUUUUCAGACAUAUAUGCUGUAAGACGCAAAACCUCUUGUACUUAACAAAUGAUAUUCAUAAAGUCAUACAACAACAAAUAUGUUAAUUUGAAAUGGUACGUUUUUCUUAUAUCUAUAACUGGAUAAGCGAGAGUUCAAGGAACCCUAAAAUUUAUCUAGUAUUUAGGCGUCUGUCUAAAUCGAAUUUCUCGCUUACGUAAGUUGUCUGUUCUAAAUCUAACUACACUGACAUAUCCAGAUUCAACUGUAUUAUUUUAAAGGUGAUUUUAGAGUUACACAAUAUUACAACUUCUAUAAAAUAUUUUAGAAUAACUCGUAGCUAUCAUUGAAUGAUUUCUAGAAGUAGAAAGAUUUUGUCUAUCAGGUGUGAUGAUCAGCUUAACUUUAAUACCAGCUUAUGUUUUAAUAUGAAAUGCAAUAAGACUGACAACUGACUUAAAAGUUCAAAUAUCAUGUACAUGUCUAUAUUUUGUUUUGUUUCGAAACUAUAGAAGUUGACUAUGAUGACAUAGUCAAUGUUGUUUCAAAGGCAAUUAAAGAAAUAACAUAAUGUAAAAUAUUAGAACAUAACUGAAAAGUUACAAAUCUAUGGCUCCUAUGUAAACUAUCUUAUGUUUGAAAUAUACAUUUUUUAAGUAAUUUAAAGCAACAGUAACUUGCCUCCCAGAGGCCUAGUUUAGUCCUCCUUCCCUUCCCACCCUUUUUCUUAUAAGGAAAGGAUAGG